CUGAAGAUCCACUGUCAUCGGAUUACUUAUCCAGGUCAGACCUUGAGUGAAUCGGACUUCUGUGAUCGCUUGUCUGAUCUGCUGAGUAAUGAGAGACCGUUAUGGAAUUAUAUCCGACAGUGGCUUCCGUUGCCUUAUGAAGAGAGCGUUACUCCGGCUGAUUUCGAAUUCAUUGAUUUGCGCAAGAGAACGGAAGCAGAAUCGGCGCAAGACGAUGGAGCUGAAUGUAUCGACGAUAUGAAUGCUGUGCUUGGAAUUCUGCCGCCCAGAAAAGGCGGGCUGUUGCAGGUCGCUGGAGGCCAGCUAAACUAUCUUCAGAAUGGUUCUUAUGUGCCUGUGUUGGUGACAAAAGAAAGUGAGGAGUUGGGAGAGAAUAAGGAACCUCAGAAGUUCGUGCGUACUGUUUUUGGAGAGUCAUUUCGCUGCUUUAUUGGCUUCUGCUUUCUCGGCGGAUUUGCACAAGCAUAA